UUAAAUAAAUCACUAUGUUCACACAAACUGCUCUAUAAAUCUACUUGCACUGCACCUUGUAUAGCAUCUUUGAAAUGGGUGACAUUGAAAAACAACCACAACAACACCACAUAGUACUACCAAUCGAUCAUCAUAAUCUUCCAUUGACCAAAACUCAAUCCAAUUUCAACUCUAAAAUCAAUAACCAAUCUUCAUUAUCUAUCAUCCUAACAAAAAUCCAUGCAGGAUAUUUUAGAAUUAGUUUAUCCCUCUCAGUUCAAGCCUUAUUAUGGAAAAUCCUAAUUGAACCAAUCAAAGAUGCACAUAUUCUAAGACACAUAUUUACAAUGAUACCCUCAACAGCUUUUACUCUCUUAUGGUCCCUAGCCUUAUUCACACUACUCACACUCUCUUUUCUCUAUCUUCUAAAAUGUUUACUUCACUUUGAUAAAGUUAAAGAAGAAUUCUUCAACCAAAUUGGUGUAAACUACAUGUUUGCUCCAUGGAUUUCUUGGUUACUUUUGUUACAAUCAUCGCCAAUUGUACCACCUGCAGCACUUCAUUACAAAAUCCUCUGGUUAUUGUUUGUUGUUCCUGUGGUUAUUCUUGAUGUGAAAAUUUAUGGUCAGUGGUUUACUAAAGGGAAGAUGUUUUUGUCGAUGGUUGCGAAUCCGACGAGUCAAAUGUCUGUCAUUGGUAACUUGGUUGCUGCACUAGCUGCUGCACAAAUGGGUUGGAAAGAGAGUGCAAUAUGCUUUUUUUCUCUUGGUAUUGCACAUUAUUUGGUACUUUUUGUUACAUUAUAUCAAAGAUUGCCGGGGAAUAAUAAGAUUCCGGCGAUGUUGCGACCGGUGUUCUUCUUGUUCUUUGCUGCUCCUAGUAUGGCUAGUUUGGCUUGGCAAUCUGUUUGUGGUUACUUUGAUACUGCUUCUAAGAUGCUGUUCUUUCUCUCCCUCUUCCUUUUCUUGUCCCUGGUUUCAAGGCCUUUGCUAUUUAAGAAAUCCAUGAGGAAAUUUAGUGUGGCAUGGUGGGCUUAUUCAUUUCCUCUAACAGCUUUGGCAAUAGCUUCAGCACAAUAUGCACAUGAAGUUAAGGGGAUCAUGGCUCAUGUUAUUAUGUUAUUCUUAUCAUUGAUCUCAGUUUUAGUGUGUAUCAUGUUAAUGAUUGUCACUGCUCUCAACAUUAGGAUGCCUCAAAUGUAAAAAUAACCAUGUGUAAUUGUACUAACAAGAGAAUUUGGGUUAUCUAGAUAUUGUAAUUAAAUAUUUUGAAAUAUAAUUGAUAAAGAAGGAAUUUUUUUUUGUAA